UGGAAGCAAGAGCGGCCGUUCUAUCAGUACUCAUAUCUACGGAGAUCGGACGGAGCUUUGCUUGUCAAUUAAGUUUUUUUCCAUAUUGGGAUUACGAGGCACCACCGAACUUCCCUUCUCCCUGCCUUUAAAGCCGGAGAGUGGGGAGCAGUAGAAUUUAUAGACCCAAUAACACUUAUUUACACAUUUGGAGUUUUGACCCUUAAUUUCAAAAUGGAGAAAGAAAUUCUGGAUUACGUGUUGGUACCAUUAGGCCUACUCAUCAUGCUUGCUUAUCACCUAUGGCUUCUUCAGCGCAUUCUUAAACACCCAAAUCACACCGUCAUUGGCAUCAAUUCAAUCAACCGUCGCUUAUGGGUUCUUGGUAGAAUGGAGGAAUCGUCGAAUAAUGGAGUUCUAGCAGUACAAACGUUAAGGAACAACAUAAUGGCGUCAACCCUAUUAGCAUCUACAGCUAUUAUGCUCAGUUCACUCAUAGCCAUCUUAAUGACGGGCGGAAGUAGUGGUCGUUCAGUUGGUUUUCAUGUUUACGGUGACAAGAGCGAGUUUUGCUUGUCAAUUAAGUUUUUCUCCAUAUUGGUAUGUUUUAUGGUGGCGUUUUUGUUUAAUGUGCAAUCGAUCAGGUAUUAUAGUCAUGCUAGCAUACUCAUCAAUGUGCCCUACAAGAAAUUGGAUUCUUCAAGGCAUUGUGCGACAGCGGAGUACGUGGGGAGGACAGUGAAUAGAGGCAGCUAUUUCUGGUCACUUGGACUACGUGCAUUUUAUUUUUCGUUUCCCCUGUUUUUGUGGAUCUUUGGACCUAUUCCUAUGUUUCUCUGCUGCAUUUUCCUGGUUGUCAUGCUUUAUUUCCUGGAUGUUAGUUCUGAUUUUGGAUGGGUUGCACCAACUGAUGAAAACACCCACCAGACUGCUUGAAGACAACUUGCGGGCAGCAAGUUUAGGUACUGUUGGCUUUAGGUGUCUUCAUGUCAAAUCAUAUUAUUUAGCAUGAUCCUAUAAAUGCGGGUGGGGUGUACUAUUAGCUUGUAGAAGUAGAGAGCGUGAGAACAGUUUAGAUUCAAUCCAAGUUGAAUCUUGUAAUGCAUAUUCAAUAAUGUGCUUCGGUUAUGUUCUGUUCUUUUAAGAACUAUUGUUGUGGAGAAGAAUAAGACUGAAUUUCUCAAUCAUGGUUCAUCUCUUCUGUACU